CCAGAGAAGACAUGGCAGAUCAUGGUGGCAGUGGAAGACGAUGCCAAUUGGUGUUAAUAGCAAGCCCACUUCAAGGCCACAUGACACCCAUGCUUCAGCUAGGAACUUACCUUCAUUCCAAAGGCUGCUUCUCCAUAACCAUUGCUCACUCUGAGUUUAACAGCCCUGACCCUUCUAAACACCCUGAUUUCCAUUUCCAGCCUCUGCCCGACAACGUUUCUGGCACUGACAUCGUGUGUGCUAGCUUCAUCCAUUUUGUGCAAACUUAUAAUAAUAACUGCAAACCUCAUUUCCAAGGACACCUUAUUAAGAUCAUCAAUGAACAAAAAGACAAAUCUAAUAAAGAGUCGAUUGUUAUUAUCCAUGAUCACCUCAUGUUUUUCGCUGCAUCGGUUGCUAGUGAGCUUGGUCUGCCAAAUAUUAUAUUGCGCAGCAGUAGUGCAGCUUUCUAUCCUGCUUUUAUGAUCAUCCCAAAGCUACAUCAACAAGGUCGAUAUCCGGCUCAAGAUUCUUCGUUGCAGGAUAUAGUGCCAGAACUCCACCCAUUCAGAUACAUGGAUCUACCCUAUAACAACCGCCCAGUAGAAGAAACCCUUCGAAAGAUCACAAUGAGCACUCCUAAUUCACCUCCUUCUGCCUCCAUAUAUAACACCCUUGAAUUCCUUGAAGAAUCGGCUCUGACCGAGAUACGUGAUCACUACCAAGGCCCUAUUUUUACCAUCGGCCCACUGCACAAAAUAAUCCCAACUCCUUCCACUAGCUUCCUAGAAGAGGAUAUGAGCUGCAUCUCAUGGCUAAAUAAACAAGCACCCAAAUCUGUGGUUUAUGUGAGCUUAGGAAGCUUAGCACAUGUAGAUGAAAAAGUCUCAACUGAAAUGGCAUGGGGUCUAGCCAAUAGUAACCAACAAUUUUUAUGGGUUAUUCGACCAGGUUCAGUUCACGGGUUUGAAUGGAUCGAGUUUCUGCCAGAGGGUCUGGUGGCUAAGUUUAAGAAGAGAGGUUUGAUUGUAAAAUGGGCACCACAAAAGGAAGUAUUGGCACAUAAUGCAGUCGGAGGAUUUUGGAGCCAUUGUGGUUGGAAUUCAACAUUGGAAGGUGUAUGUGAAGGUGUUCCAAUGUUGUGCCAACCGUUUGUUGCAGACCAACAAUUGAAUGCGAGGUAUUUAAGCUAUGUGUGGAAAAUGGGGAUUGAAAUCGUUGUGGAAAGAGGGGAGAUCAAGGGCGCGAUCAAAAGACUUUUGGUGGAUGAAGAAGGGAAAAAAAUGAGGGGAAAGGCUAUGGAGAUUCAAGAAAAGAUUAAAAUUGCAUUAAGCCAUGGUGGUUCAUCACAGAACUCCUUGAUUGACUUGGUAGACUUCAUUUUAUCGAUGUAA